AGGUUAAAUUGAAGUAAACAUGUUAUUGUGUCUGUGGUUAGUAAUUCUAAAGCAUGCGAUGUGCAGCAAGUGGUCAAUAAAAAAAAAGUUCUAGUCAACAUUACAUUUGUCCCCAUUACGAUGUUUAUGAUUCACAGUAAAAAUAUAGUUUUCUCCGCCAUAGAUUAUUUUAAUAACAACAAUAACAACAGCAAUAAAAACAUUGUAAAUACAUACCACUCAUGCAGAUAUUUUUGAAUGAGAAUGGUCAGCAAUGUUUAAUAAUUUUAUUAAAUAUGAAAUUUUUGAAGGCCUCCAUUUAGUCCGUGUAUUAAAGCUAUGAGUAUUUAACUGAUAAAAAAUUAAAGACACUAUUUAAUAGUCAACAUUUGAGACCUGCGACGCUCGGCGUCGGUGACUACAAAAGCGUCUAAAGCGCCCAUCUACCAUGGACCAGACAGACAAGCAUCCCCACCACCAUUUGAAAUUCUCCCCACUCCCGCCUAAAAUCAAUGGCUUAUCCUCGGUCGGUUACGAUGAUGCCUGUUUCGUUUGUUGUUUAAGUUGUCUGUCAAAAAUCUGUGUUUAUUCGGCCAAAUAAAAAAAAACGUAACGAACUUCGUUAAUUCCUCUUGCGUUCAUUCGUAGAAAAGUGUAGUUCGAUUUUUUCAAACUUUCGCGAUAACGAGUUCAUUAAACUUUCUAGCGAAAUGUACGUCAUUACCGUAUUAUUAUUGUCCAUUGAAACUUGGUACUGAAAUCACAGUUGUGACGUAUUGGGUGACGUUCAUCUUGACAGUACUUUAUAGCUGUUUUAUUGUCGAACAUGUCGCGAGUGACCUCGACUGCUAUGUGACCCUCUUGCAGGAUGAUGUCGCUCCCUAACGAGGAACUGGUGCGGAAACGGACCUCUGCAGAUUUUGUUUUCGGGAAAGUCAUAGGAGAAGGCAGCUUCAGCACAGUUUAUCUUGCCAAAGACGUGCACACGAGCCGAGAGUUUGCAAUUAAAGUCCUGGAAAAGCGUCACAUUAUCAGGGAGAAGAAGACCGAAUACGUGACCAGGGAAAAGAAAAUCUUGCAAAUUUUAGGAAGUUCCUGUAAAUAUUUUGUUCACUUGUACUACACGUUUCAAGACACCGACCGGCUGUAUUUUGUGUUGACCUAUGCAAAAAACGGAGAGUUGUUGCAGCAGAUCAACAAAGACGGCGGUUUUAGUCUUGAAUGCACCAAGUAUUAUGCAGCUGAACUUGUUCUUGCCUUGGAAUACCUCAAUCUUAAAGGAAUUGUGCACAGGGAUUUAAAGCCUGAGAACGUUUUGUUUGAUGAAAACUGGCAUAUUUUUAUCAUCGAUUUUGGUAGCGCGAAAAUUCUGGGCCAAGAUAAAUCCUCAGACGAAGAAAAUCAAAAGAGGCGUAAAUAUAGUUUUGUUGGAACAGCACAGUAUGUUAGUCCUGAGAUUCUAAAUGAUGAUGAGGCAACUUGCGCUUCGGAUUUAUGGGCUUUGGGGUGUAUUAUCUAUCAGAUGCUUACUGGCCAAAUGCCGUUUAGUGGUCCUAGUGAAUAUUUAAUUUUCCAGAAAAUUUUAAAACUGGAAUAUGAGUUUCCUCAAGGUUUUGAUAAAGUCGCAAAAGACUUAAUAGAGAAAUUUCUUGUUAUAACUCCCAGUAAUAGACUGGGGGCGACGGAUCAAGUACCUUAUAAAAGUAUACGAGAACAUGAGUUCUUUAGAGAAAUUAAUUGGGACGAUUUGGGACCUCCUCCAAACUUUUUAGCAAAGUCUGAAAAUACUAGUGAUAUGUUUAUCAUCCCUGAUGAUUUAGAACCAGGGCUUGAUGAGAAGAAAGCAUCUAGCUUACAUUUUAGGAUGUUUCAACCUCAAACGCCUCCUAGGAAAAAAUCAGAACCUAAUAGGAAAAUAACUGACUUAAGUCAGGAAGAAAUUGAGCAAAGACUGGAACAACAGAAAAGUAAUAACCCUAUUUAUCAUGAAUUAGUAGAAGGGAAUUUAAUUCUAAAACAAGGGAUUGUUGAAAAAAAGAAAGGAAUUUUUCCAAGACGUCGAAUGUUAUUGCUCACAUUGGGGCCUCAUUUAUACUACGUAGAUCCUGUGACUAUGAUUCUUAAAGGGGAAAUUCCUUGGAGUAAUGAUUUGAAACCCGAAGCUAAAAAUUUUAAAAAGUUUUUUGUACACACUCCUAAUCGUAUCUAUUAUCUAGAAGACCCCGAGGGGUAUGCCUUGGAGUGGUGUAAAGCAAUAGAAGAAGUGAAGGCUUACUAUUAUCCAGUACAACUGUAGAUAAAUGUAGAACAAUGAAAACUGUUUAGUUUUGUUGUAUUUAUUUAUAUUUUAUUUAAAUUAUUUGUUAGCUUAACAAAUUAUCAAUCUGUAGCAGACCGUCUUAUUUAUAAUAUAUUGUUUUAAUUGUAGUUGAGAUUUAUAUUUUUCGUCAAUAAAUGAUUUAAUCCUG